AUGCCGAAAGACAUUCCCCGCCUGCAAUGGUUUGGUGGCGACACCCGCUCCAGCGUCUGGCUCGGCUUUGCGCAGUUACUGAUGCCGAAGGAGUACGACCGUGUCGAAGCCAUUCGUAGACACAGACGUGAGCUGAAAAUGAAGGCCCGGAUCGGAGCUGAAGCUGCAGCGGCGAAAGCAAUUGCGCCUGGCGAUGCCGGGGAUGAUCAGGCACGCAGUGCUGUGGGUGAGCAGACGAGAGACACCGGCCCAGAACCCUUUCGCUCGUUGACGCAGGAGACACAGCACGCCGAGCGGGAGCUGAACCUGAACUUGAAUCAAACGAAUCCCCAGCAGCGAAUACGGGCGAUGGUCCAGCAGGGCCCUGUCUGUAACAAGGUCUCCAGCCAGCAAAAGCCGUCGACAAAGCUCAAGGUGAGAGACCCACCUCAGUCGCGCAUCGAAUCAGAGGGAACACAGGAGAACCAGGCUGAAACACAUGCGUCGCAGUGA